AUGAAGACACCGGUCACACUUUUCUUUCACCUCUCUCUUUUUUUCUCUCUCUUUCCACCCUCUCUCCUCUUUCCCUCUCUCUUUCUCUAUCUUUCUUUUUUUAUUUCCACCUUCUCUUUCCACCUCUCCCUCUUUCCAGCACUCUCUCUUUCUUCUCUCUCUCUCUUUCCAUCUCUUUCUUUUUACCUCUCUCUCUUUCCACCUCUCCUUUUUCCACCUCUCUCCUUCCACCACUCCUUCCACCUUUCUCUUUCUCCCUCCUCUCUCUCUUUUUCCAUCUUUCUUUCCACCUAUCUUUCCACCUCUCCCUUUUUACAGCUCUCUCCCUCUUUCCACCUUCCUCUCUCUUUCCCCUCUCUCUUUCCAUCUUUUCCAUUUUCUAUCCUUUCUCUUUCCACCUCUCUCUCUUUCUUUCCAUCUCUCUCUUUCUCUCCUCUCUCUCUUUCCCCCUCUCUCUUUCCAUCUUUUGAUUUCUACCUCUCUUUCCACCUCUCUCUCUUUCUCUCACCAUCUCUCUUUCCACCUCUCUCUCUUUCCCCUCUCUCUUUUCCAUCUUUCUUUUUCCACCUCUCUCUUUCCUUUCCUCUCUUUUUCUUUCCAUCUCUCUCUUUCCACCUCUCUCUCUUUCCCACCUCUCUCUUUCCAUCUUUUGAUUUCUACCUCUCUUUCCACAUCUCUCUCUUUCUCUCUCUCUUUUUCCAUCUCUUGAUUUCUACCUCUCUUUCCACCUCUCCCUCUUUCCACCUCUCUCUUUUUCCACCUUUUGAUUUCUUCUCUCUUUCCACCUCUCCCUCUUUCCACCUCUCUUUCCACCUCUCUCUUUUUCCAUCUCUCUUUCCAUUUCUAUCUACUCUUUUCCAUCUCUCCCUCUUUUUCCAUCUCUCCAGCUCUUUUUCCACCUCUCUUCUCUCUCUUUCCAACUCUCUCUUUUUCCAACUUUCUCCCUUUCUACCUCUCUCUUUCCACCUCUCUCCCUUUUCCAGCACUUCUCUCUUUCCACCUCUCUCUCUCCCAUCUCUCUUUUCCACCUCUCCUCUCUUUCUUUCCACCUCUCUCUCUUUCCACCUCUCUCUUUUCCACCUCUCUCUCACUCCAUCUCUCUCUUUUCCACUUCUCCCUCUUUCCACCUCUCUCUUUCCAUCUCUCCUUUCUUCUCCUCUCUCUUUCUCCUCCCUUUUUUCCUUUCUCUCUCUUUCCAUCUCUCUCUUACCUCUCUCCUUCUUUCCACCUCUCUCUUUCCCUCUUUCUUCUCUUUCCACCUCUCUCCUUCUUUCCACUCUCUCUCUCCCUUUUUCAUCACUCUUUUCCACCUCUCUCUUUCCACCUCUCCAUCUCUUUUUCCACCUCUCCUCUUUCCAUCUCUUGAUUUCUACCUCUCUCUUUCCACCUCUCUCUCUCUCCCUUUUCCACCUCACGCUCUGUUCCUCACUCUCUCUUUCCAUCUCUUUUCUUUCUCUUUUUCCACCUUCCACCUCCCUCUUUCCACCUCCCUUUCCCCUCUCUCUUUUCCCUCUCUCUUUCCAUCUCUCCUCCUCUUUCCACCUUUCUCUUUCCAUCUCUCUUUCUUUCUCUCUCUCUUUUUCCACCUCUCUCUUUCCAUCUCUCUCUCUUUCCCUCUCUCUUUCCAUCUUUUGA